GAAUUACUGGCCUUAGCUAAGAAGAAGAAGAAGAAACCACAUUCGGACAGUGAGUCAUCGGCAGGGUCUUCACCCAAACAGCCAGCUGCCAGACCCAAGGUGGCCUCUGACUCUGACUCAGAAACUAGCGACUCUGACUCUGACUGGGAUGCUCCGAAGGGUAGAAAGAAAAAGAUGGGGAAGGCAGCAGGGAAGACAAAGAACAAGAGAGUUUUGGCACAUUCGGACUCAGAUGAGAGUCGACCAGCAAAGGGCAGUGGAUCAGAGCCUGAAGAAGGGGAAGUAUCAGAUAGCAACAGCAGUGACUCGGAAGUUGACCUCGAUGAAGAAUUCGACGAUGGCCUUGACGAAAACAUGAUAGGAGAUGAAGAGGACAGAGCACGUCUUGAACAGAUGACAGAGAAGGAGCGUGAGCAAGAAAUCUACAACCGUAUUGAGAAGAGAGAAGUUCUGCGCACUAGGUUUGAAAUCGAGAAAAAGUUGAAGUUGGCCAAAAAGAAGGACCAGCAGAAGAGAAAGGAGAAGGAAGGAGACAAACCAAAAGAGAAGAAGCAGCCAGUUUUGACUGACAGAAAGAAAACCCUAGAGGAGAGAGCAGGAAAGACGGACAAAUUUGCUGCUCUGAAGGCAAAACGAGAAAAUAAAAUCAGAUUAGCUGAGGAAGAGAGACUUAAGAAAGAGAAACAGGAGGAGGAAAAGAGAAGAAAAAAAGAGGAGAAGGAGCGGUCAGCUGAAUCCGAUUCGGAUGCAGAAGACAGCAAGGCAAAGCACAAACUUAAGGCAUCUGAAGUUUAUAGCGACUCAGAUGACAGUGGAUCUGAUAGCGAUAAGUCAACAAAGUCUGAAAAAUCCACGAGACGGCGCUCCUCGUCAUCCUCCUCUUCGUCAUCCUCGGGUAGUGAUAGUGAUUCUGGCAGCCUAAGUGGCGAGGAGUCUACAAAACCAAGCUCGGUUGAGGCCCCUGCAAAGCCCCCAGCAAAAGUCACAGCCAAACCCACUGCAAAGCCCCCAGCUAAGAAACCUGAGCCUAAGGUGUCUGGGAGGCUAGAACAAAAGAUUCUGCCUUCUUCUUCCUCCUCCUCCUCUUCUUCCUCUUCUUCCUCUUCUCCUUCAUCCUCAUCUUCAUCCUUUAGUGAUUCCAGUGACAGUGAUGUGUCACCCAAGAAGAACAAAGUUGGAAGGUCUAAUGACAGUUAUCGGUCUCGUGAUGAGAGGCCAAAGACAGUUACCAGUAAAGAAGACCUGGAAAAAAUACGUCUGUCCCGUCAUAAAAUGGAACGUUUUGUCCACCUGCCCAUAUUCUCAAAGGCAAUCAUUGGCUGUUAUGUCAGAAUAGGCAUUGGGAGUAACCAAGGUCGACCUGUUUAUAGGGUUGCAGAAAUCACUGAAGUGUGUGAAACAGCAAAGAUAUAUCAAUUAGGCAACACAAGAACAAAUAAAGGAUUACGGUUAAAGCAUGGCUCUCAUGAAAGGGUCUUCAGACUGGAAUUUGUAAGCAACAGUGUCUUCUCUGACUCUGAGUACAACAAGUGGGUAGAAGACUGUGCAGCACAUGGAACUCCUUUACCUUUAAUGGAGCAUGUAAUUCAGAAACAAAAGGAUAUACAAGACCUUCUUUACUAUCAGUUCAGUAGUGAAGAUAUUGAUAAGAUGGUAGAAGAAAAAGCACGUUUCAACAAUAAUCCAACCAAUUUUGCUGUUGCCAAAACUUUACUCAUGAAAGAAAAGGACAUGGCACAACAAAAAGGGGAUGAAGAUACCGUAGAAAAACUUAAUGGGCAGAUAGCUGAUCUUGAUGAAAAGGCAAGCUCACUUGACAAACGAAGAACACAAACUAUUGCAUCCAUUUCUUAUAUUAAUGAAAGAAAUCGUAAGAAUAAUGUCGAAAAGGCAGAAAGAGCUAUUAUGGCUGAAAUUGCAGCAAAGAAAGGAAUGAAAGUGGAGGAUCCUUUCACUCGUCGCUCAACCCGCCCAACCAUGGUGACCAAAACUAAGGAACCAGAAGUCGUUUCUUCAGAGAUGUUGAUACGUCUAGAACACGAAAGGAAAAUAAAACAAGAAGAAGAAAAAAAGAAAAAGGAGGAAGAAGCUGCCAAAAGAAAACAAGAAGACGAGAAGAAAAAGGAUGAUGAACGGAAGAGAGUGCAAGCAGAAGACCUGUUUGCAGCCCACGAUUUUGAUGUCAAAAUUGACUUGGAUGUGUCAAUGCCAGCCACAGCUCCCUUGGCACCAAAAGCAACAAUAGGUAAUGCAACCAAUGGAAGCUCCAUAGGAACUGCACCAAAAAGAUCAUUAAAUCUUGAAGAGUACAAGAAAAAGAAGGGCUUGAUAUGAAGGGCCAAUGCAUAGGAAAGUAGUUGCAAGUACACUUUCAUUGAAAUAGCCGAAGUGAACCAAAAAAUAGCCAUUUCCAUCCGCAAAACUUGAUGACCUUAUUGCAGUCCUUGUUUUGCCUGACUGCUUGGUUGAUUGCCAAAAGUUAUGUUCAUGUAAAGAUUUGUCACAAUUGUGUAGGGGGAUAUUUUGGUAAGGCUUGUUGCUGCUGGUUGGCAUGACUUAAUUAUGAUGAAGUCAGCAUUGUAGUGGAUAUAUUGCAAUGCAACUGAACUUACCUAAACUUGUAAUGGUUUUACUGUCAUCUAAAAGGUAUUUUGGAAACUGUAAUAAGUUGGGCAGUUCAUUAUUUUUGUAGGUUAAAACAUUGACAUGGAAGAGUCAAAUUGCUCUUGCAACAUAGGUUGCUAUCACUGCAUAUAAUCAUGGCAUUAAUAACAUAACAUAUUAACUGUUGGAAGCAGUUAUUGCUCAUGCUGAUCUUUUUAUAUGUGCAAACAAAACCUAUGUAAUAAUGAUAAGCUAAUUCAUUUAGUUUUUUGUUCUUUUUUAUCCAUUAUAAAUCAGUUUUUUAAACAAUACUGCAUGUCUUCAGACAGUUUAUGUAAAAUGUAAAAUAUUUUGGACACAAGCUAGUGGUUGACACUAAGGGCAUUUUUGAAAUAUCCAUUUCGUUGAUUGGGAUUUUUAGGUGUUAUCUGUAUGCAUGUUAUCCUGCUUUUUAUUGACGAGAAAAUCAUUGGUGCAACCUUCAAUAGUCUCAUUGAUAACAACAACAAAAAAAGUUUAGUUCAAGGAACAGCAUAAAACCAGUAGACAGUCACUUUAGAGGUAAGAAAGAAAAGAAAAGAAAAAAAAAAGGAUUAAUUUAUUCGUCAUUACCCACUUUGAUAAUCCUUCAUAAAGUGCAGUUAAAGAUUUGCCAUGCAAGUCUUCUCUUUGACAGCAAAUCUUGUCAGUAUGAGUCUUGUUAUUUAUUGAAUCAUUUCAGAUCAGCUCAUAAACAUAACACUAGGAACACAUCAUUAUCUCAGCAAAUAUCAUACAUUUUCAUUUAUUACUAAGUUUGAUAAAUAUGGGUCUCAUUUGGAUCCUGGAAUGUUAACUGAUGUAUAAAAUAUUUUACGCAGUUUAGUGGAAAAGAAGCAGAGUAAAAACUCAAAGAUGUA